AUGAAGGAGGUUCGCAAGCAGCUAAAGGACGCUCAGCAAGAUGACGAGAAUACACCUGGUGUUGUCUACAUUGGACGUCUGCCGCACGGUUUCUUCGAGGCGCAAAUGCGCGAGUACUUUAGCCAGUUCGGCGACAUUACCCACCUCAGAAUGGCACGCAACAAACUUACUGGCCGCUCCAAGCAUUACGCUUUCAUUGAAUUUGCAUCAGGCGCAGUCGCCGAGAUUGUGGCAAAGACUAUGGACAAGUACUUGCUGUUCGGACAUCUUCUGCAGGUCAGACGUAUUCCCGCCGAGCAGGUUCACGAGAAGCUAUGGAAGGGUGAAGGUGGUAGGUUCAAGGUUAUGCCCCGCAACAAGAUCGAGGGUGGUAUGUUGAAGAGAGGCACCACAAGAGAAGGCUGGGAGAAGAGAAUCGAAAGAGAGAACGAGGCCAGAAGCAAGAAGGCUGCACAACUCAAGGAGUUGGGCUACGAGUUUGAGAUGCCCGCCCUGCGCGACGUCAAGGAGGUGGCUACCAAGGAGAUCCGCGAGGCCGAGGCUGCACCUCUGAUUACCAGCGCCGACGUGACUGCCGUCUUGAACAAGGAGGAAGAACAACCAGAAAAGAAGGAGACCAAGAAGACGACGCCCGUCGAGAAGGCAGGCGCCAAGCGUGUCAAGGGCAAGGCAGACGGCAAGAAGACAUCAAAGAAGGCAAAGGUUUCGGCAUAG